AUGCAUGAUACCAUCCGCAUCCUUAUCCCGUCCGGAAUCACCAUUAUCGAGUACACCGUGAAAGACGUCAGGCCGGUUCUAAAAGUAGAUUUUUCUUGCCGGCAGAGAAUGGAAUGUCCCACUUCUAUCAGAGCUGGUCGGCGAGCAUCUCCAACCGGAGCUCCCUAUGUAGUAUGUAUAGCCCUACGAGAGUUCUUGCCUGCAGACUGCACCUGCGACAGGGAGUCCCAAUCGGAUAAUAUUUCCCGCCUUAUCAGAAGAAAUCGAGGAGGACGCCUUCUACCGACUACACCACCAUUUUCCGAGGGUCGCUUACGACUUCUCCGUCAGUUUGCAUGCAUCGAGGGACAACCUGGACGAGUUUCUCAAGUCCAGGCCAUAAAGUCCAUUGCUGAUAUCGGUCCGAUUUGA